AUGAAGGACAGGCUGGAGGAGCUAAAGAGUAGAAUCAGCCAGGAUGACCUGCCCGACUUCGAUGACCACUUGGCCUUCAAUAACCCCGUUUUCCAAGAUGUUGAGGCGAAUGAGAUGGACCUGUUCUUCCAGCAGGUCUCCAACCUGUCCGAAGCCCUGAAGAAGCUGAAAGCCUUGGCCGAGAGCAUCGAGCACAAACAAGAAGAGGUUCUGUGCAGCACGACCGGAGCCAAGAUCUGCGAGGGGAAGAAAGAGCUAAGUGUCAUGAAGGACCUGCUCACCGCUGACGCCAAGUCCCUGCAGUCCCAGCUCAGCCUCAUGAAGAACAGCUUGGCCCAAGACGAGAAGAACUGGAUGGCCGAACACCGGAUCCGCCAAAGUCAAUUCACCGUCUUAACCAACAAAUUCCGGGAGAUCAUGGCCCAACAUUACAUCAACGAGACCCGGUACGUGGGGAAACUGAAGGAUCAGAUCGUGCGGCAGGCGGAGUUGGCCGGCCUGGACCUCCAAGAGGAGGAAAUCAAUGAACUCAUCGGCAGCGCGAUGGCUCCUCAGAUUGUUGGCCAUGGCUUGGAGAUUCUGAAGGCCAAACAACACUUGGCCAUGGCCCAGGAGAGACACAAGCAGCUGCUGGACCUGGAGGUCCAGAUCACCGAGCUGCACUCCCUCUUCAUCCAGUUGGAUCUGUUGGUGUCGGAGCAGGAAGAUGUGAUCAAUAACAUCGAGUACAAUGUCCUGAACACCAUGGACUAUAUCUCACAGUCCAACGAGCAGGUGAAGAAGGCCCUAAAGUACCAGAGACAGUCCCGGAUCGCUGCCGCCAUAUCUGCCGUGUUAGGACUCUGUGCAUGCUGCACCUGUCUCUCCUGUCUGGCUGGACCUUUGCGAUAACAAAGGACCAUUAACCCUUUACCGUCCGGAUAUUAUAACACUGCGGGAGUUUUAUAAGAGGAGCAGCUGAUGUCUCCAUAUUUAUUUGUGACAUAUGGCUGGAACUAGGGAACAAUAUAUUGUAUUCACUUGUCGGCCUGAAGUGGCUGA